UGUUUGAUCCCGACGACAAGGUUGCUUGUGUAAUCUUGUAAAUGAUUGCUUAUUUAAGUUAAUAGGAAGCCUGUUAACUGUUAAAACAUGAGUCGGUUUCGUAAAUUCAUGAUGGAAUGGAACCGAGUGAUACUUGGUUCUGUCCUGACAGCUGGUUCUCUUGCUGAGCUCUUUGGCUUUUGUGCUCCAGAGACAGUGUUUCUAAGGGAAUACAAGUACCUGCUGACAUUAAAGGAGAUGGAAGAGCCUUACCCUCUGACCCCAAAACUGGAGGAGGCCAGGAAUGAGGUAUUCAAAGAUUUGAUCCGCAAAGGCAGACUGUCACAGAAACAGUUGGAGAAGAUUGACAUCAUUAUAAAUGGUGACAUGAAUGAUCCAUUUCACAAGGGAAAUCUGAAUUCUCGAUUUGGGACUUUUGUGGCUCUUCCUAUAACAUUUACAUAUAAUCAUCCUGAGGAAGUUCCUAUGGAUAAUUUCAUGAUUGGACAAACCCUCCCAAUUGAAGAUGGGACCCAAGAGGGAGCAGUCCUCAAAAAAUCUAUUAUUCAGGGAAAAAACGCAGUCAAAUAUGCAUUACUGCGGGAGUGUCUACUAACAGAUAGCUAUGACAUGCAGAUUAAGUAUGUACUUUUGACAAUGUUUUUAGCCAUUUGUUCAGCUCUUGUGUAUCUUAGUGUAACACGUAUCAAAUCUCGAUCGCAGAUGUUACUUACAAUCCUGCCAAGUAUUCCAAUCAAUGGACUCGUUCUCUUACAAUUCUGGUGUUUGUACAAACGCAGGAAAGAUUCCAGUGUAGAUAUGGAAGUAGCAGAGUUUGGUCCGGAUUAUGUAUUAGGAGGACUAGAAUAUUACACACAGAUUGUUCGUCGAAAUAAAGCACUGUAUUAUAUUAUGAAAGACAACACUAGAGAUCAUUUUACUGCUGCAGGGAAUGAGAAGGAAUAUUUUUUCUGGAAUGACCGUAUUCCAGUUAAGACCAAAAGGGAUUUUUUCAAGCAAAAAGUAGAAGAAAUGAAUGAUGCUAUUAAAGAAAAAAUUCAGUAAAUCAACAUGUAUAAAAAUGUUUUCAUGAAUAUUUAUGACUAAGAAUAAACAUCAUAACAUUGCU